CAAAAUACAGACAAAUACAUCUUCUUGUGAUAGUGCUGAUACUAUUAUUAAACAGGCUUAUAUUUUAGAUACAAAUAAAGAAUCACAAUUUAAAGAAAUAUUAUUUUCAUCAAGUGUUUACAAUAUUAAGACAGUUAAUAGUAUAACAGAAGUUGAUAUUAUGUCUUUACUUAUGGGGUAUAGUACAAGUGUUAUUCCUUCACAAGGACUUUGUGAUAACUGCUUUGAUUUAUUGAAUGAAAAGAGUGAUGAUACU